ACAGGCAAAGUUCUUGAAAAUUAACCAUUUGCACCAGCCCAUCCAGCACACCCUUGCCCCCAGGGCGGACUGUGGGUCUGGGCAGCCGUACCUUCCAGAAGGUCUCUCCAUGUGCCCAGCAAUGUGCCCUUCUGGCAGCAGGAGCACAUUUACAGGGAGUCCUUGGUUCUGGGUCUUUUAGGGGACACUGCGAUGAGGAAAGAGCAGGGAUAUUGUAAUAGGAGGGAUAAGGGGGUUCAAUGGCAGUCUUCAUUUCCAACUUCUGAGCCCUACUGCCUUGAGCUAAAGGCUGAGGCCCAGGGAGCGGCCAGAUGUGGGUCCCGGCUGAUGUGUGGGGCAUGGGGCGGAGGGGAGGUGCGGAGGAGGCAUAGCUUUAAAGCACAACGUGAAUCCAGACUCCAGAGCUAGUUUCUCCGGCCAGCCCACGCCUCCCGCCUCAGUUCAACGCCACUCCCUCCCCGCCAAGUGGCUCUCAGCUCUGGAGGCGGGACCGAGUUCUUCGGUGGCCCCAGGAGGCUGCAAGCUUUGGGAGGCUGGGAGGGGAGAGAGGGAGGGCGCUGACUGGGCAGUCCAAAGAGGAGGGGGCCUUUAAUAGGCUCGCCGCGCCUGGUUUGCGGCGCUGCGAGUGGCUGCGGUUCGGAGAAGCAGCCCGGCACCUCCCUCUAGUUCUCGGCUGCAAAUCUUCGCCUUUGCACUUGACAGCGAUUGUACUUAAGCUCCCAGGGCGCGCUUUGCCUGGAAAGGCACAGGUAGGCGGCGCGGGCAGCCCGGUGCGCGCUCACUGCCCUGGGAGGAUCCUCCCUCCCUGGGCUCUCCUUUCUGGGAGCUGCGGGCGGCCCCGGGAGUCGGUGGUUCUGGCGUGCGGGCUUCAGGAAGACGGUGCCGGCUGCCGGGGAGCCGAGCCGAGCCCUUCCGAGAGCGCGGCUGUGCGCUGCCCGGCGCCAUGCUUCUGCUGGGCAUCUUAACGCUGGCUCUCGCCGGGGCACCGGCUGGCGGCUCAGAGCCAGAGCGGGAGGUGGUGGUCCCCAUCCGACUGGACCCGGACAUCAACGGCCGCCGCUAUUACCGGCGGGGUCCCGAGGACUCAGAGGAUCAGGGACUCAUUUUUCAGAUCACAGCAUUUCAGGAGGAUUUCUACCUACACCUGACGCCGGAUGCUCAGUUCCUGGCACCCGCUUUCGCCACAGAGCAUCUGGGCGUCCCCCUCCAGGGACUCAUCGAGAGCUCCCCGGACUUGCGACGUUGUUUCUACUCUGGAGACGUGAACGCGGAGCCAGACUCUUUUGCCGCUGUGAGCCUGUGCGGGGGGAUACGCGGAGCCUUCGGCUACCGAGGCGCCGAGUAUGUCAUUAGCCCGUUGCCCAAUGCCAGCGCGCCGACGGCGGAGCGCAACAGUCGGGGCGCACACCUCCUCCAGCGCCGGGGCGCCCCCGGCGGGCCUCCUGGAGAUCCCACCUCUCGCUGUGGGGUGGCCUCAGGCUGGAACCCCGCCAUUCUGCGGGCCCUGGACGCUUACAAGCCUCCGCGGAUAGGCUUAGGGGAAGGUCGCAGCCGGCGCAGGUCCGGGCGCGCCAAGCGCUUCGUGUCUAUCCCGCGAUACGUGGAGACGCUGGUGGUGGCAGACGAGUCCAUGGUCAAGUUCCACGGCGCGGACUUGGAGCAUUAUCUGCUGACGCUGUUGGCCACGGCGGCGCGACUCUACCGCCAUCCCAGCAUCCUCAACCCCAUCAACAUCGUCGUGGUCAAGGUGCUGCUUCUUGGAGACCGCGACACAGGGCCCAAGGUCACGGGCAACGCGGCCUUGACGCUGCGCAACUUCUGCGCGUGGCAGAAGAAGCUGAACAAAGUGAGUGACAAGCAUCCUGAGUACUGGGACACCGCCAUCCUCUUCACCAGGCAGGACCUGUGUGGGGCCACCACCUGUGACACGCUGGGCAUGGCUGACGUGGGCACCAUGUGCGACCCCAAGCGAAGCUGCUCUGUGAUCGAGGAUGAUGGGCUCCCCUCUGCCUUCACCACCGCCCACGAGCUGGGCCACGUGUUCAACAUGCCCCACGACAACGUGAAAGUGUGUGAGGAGGUGUUUGGGAAGCUCCGAGCCAACCACAUGAUGUCCCCCACGCUCAUCCAGAUCGACCGCACGCAUCCCUGGUCGGCCUGCAGCGCGGCCAUCGUCACCGACUUCCUGGACAGCGGGCAUGGCGACUGCCUCCUGGACCAACCUAGCAAGCCCAUCUCCCUGCCUGAGGACCUGCCAGGUGCCAGCUACACCCUGAGCCAGCAGUGCGAGCUGGCCUUUGGCGUGGGCUCUAAGCCAUGUCCCUACAUGCAGUACUGCACAAAACUGUGGUGCACCGGCAAGGCCAAGGGCCAGAUGGUGUGCCAGACCCGCCACUUCCCCUGGGCAGAUGGCACCACCUGUGGUGAGGGCAAGUUCUGCCUCAAGGGCACCUGCGUGGAGAGGCACAACCUCAAUAAGUACCGGGUGGAUGGCUCCUGGGCCAAGUGGGAGGCCUACGGCCCCUGCUCCCGCACCUGCGGCGGGGGCGUGCAGCUGGCCCGGCGGCAGUGCAGCAACCCCGCCCCGGCCAACGGUGGCAAGUACUGCGAGGGCGUGAGGGUGAAGUACCGCUCGUGCAACCUGGAGUCCUGCCCUAGCUCAGCCUCUGGUAAGAGUUUCCGGGAGGAGCAGUGUGAGGCCUUCAACGGCUACAACCACAGCACCAACCGGCUCACCCUGGCUGUGGCCUGGGUGCCCAAGUACUCAGGUGUCUCUCCGAGGGACAAGUGCAAGCUCAUCUGCCGAGCCAAUGGCACUGGCUACUUCUAUGUGCUGGCGCCCAAGGUGGUGGAUGGCACGCCGUGUACUCCUGACUCCACCUCGGUCUGCGUCCAAGGCAAGUGCAUCAAGGCGGGCUGCGAUGGGAACCUGGGCUCCAAGAAGAAGUUCGACAAGUGUGGGGUGUGCGGAGGAGACAAUAGGAGCUGUAAGAAGGUGUCAGGACUCUUCACCAAGCCCAUGCACGGCUAUAACUUUGUGGUGGCCAUUCCGGCGGGUGCCUCCAGCAUCGACAUCCGCCAGAGAGGCUACAAGGGGCUCAUCGGAGACGACAACUACCUGGCCCUGAAGAACAGCCAGGGCAAGUACCUGCUCAAUGGGCACUUCGUGGUGUCAGCCGUCGAGCGGGACCUGGUGGUGAAGGGCAGCCUGCUGCGCUACAGUGGCACGGGGACGGCGGUGGAGAGCCUGCAGGCCUCCCGGCCCAUCCUGGAGCCACUGACAGUGGAGGUGCUCUCCGUGGGGAAGAUGACGCCGCCCCGGGUCCGCUACUCCUUCUACCUGCCCAAGGAGCCCCGGGAGGACCGGUCCUCGCCGCCCAAGGAGCCCCGGGCCCCCUCUGUGCUCCACAACAGCGUCCUCAGCCUCUCCAACCAGGUGGAGCAGCCGGACCCCCAACCCCCCGCUCGCUGGGUGGCGGGCAGCUGGGGGCCGUGCUCAGUGAGCUGCGGUGGCGGUCUGCAGAGGAGGCAGGUGGACUGUCGCGGGUCCCCUGGGCCGCGCGGGGUGGCCGCUUGCGACGCUGCCCACCGGCCCCCGGAGACGCGCCCCUGCGGGGAGCCCUGCCCCGCCUGGGAGCUGGGCGCCUGGUCACCCUGUUCCAAGAGCUGCGGCCGGGGGUUCAAGAGGCGUCCGCUCAAAUGCGUGGGCCACGGAGGGCGGCUGCUGGCGCGGGACCGGUGCAACCUGCGCCGCAAGCCCCAGGAGCUGGACUUCUGCAUCUUGCGGCCGUGCUGAGCUGGCUCGCUCUCCUCCUCACUCUCCACACCGGCGGUGCUGCCGACCUGGGCAGAGGACAGCGCCGGGGGCCCAAGCCAUGAGGUCACCUGCAUCUGAGGACCUGGGCGGGGAAGCCAAGUCACUAAGGCACAGUCUACCUCACCCCCGGCUCCUCUGGGCUGGCCUCAGGGGAGGCUGAGAGGUGCGUGGACCUGGGCAGAGGUGCUGAGGCCCAGUCCCCGAGGGACCUGGAGGACAGGCCCCUCCCAUCAGGACUUCAGGGGCCUCGCCCCAUCAGGGAGGCCACGGGCUGCUGGAAGAGCCAUGACCCGGCAGCUUGGCAUCCUCAGGGGCCCUGGGACUCUGAGCUGACUCUGAACAAGGCAGGUUUUUAUGGUGCUUUCAGCCCCUUUCUGUUGUGAUCCAGGUGGACUGCACAGUGAAAACUGGCUAGGGGUGGGUAGAGCUGACAGGGCUGUGGGGGGAGGUGUAGCUGGAGCCCGGGCCCCUCCUUUAGGGAUGAGGAGGGUGUUGGGGGGCAGUCCUGAGUUUUGCACUUCCUUCUCAGCCCUCCCUUAAAGGGCCACCUCUUCUCCCUGUGUCUCUUGUCAUCAGACUAGUGGGGGGACCUCCGAAUAGAUGUCCUCUGGGGCUUCUGGCAGGUGGAGAUAGGCGGUCUGAAGGAGAGUGUUGCCUUUUUUAAGAGGGAUCUGAUGACCAUCAAAAAAAAAAAAAAAAAGAUCCUGAGACUUAGGAGAGGUGAUCGAUUCUGUGGCUGAAGCAGGGCGUUUGAGGAGCAAUCUAGAGGGUCCUGCUGUCACUGAGGCUGAGUCUGAGCUUUGUGGGAAUGUCACCCUAAGAUGGGGAGGAGAGGCCCCCAGUUCUGAUGGCUUUUGGCAUCAGAAGAAGGUUUAAAGAAGGCAGAUGCCGUAACCCAUCCCUGCUCCAGUCAUGAUCCACUAAGGGGGACGUGGGACAUGCCCAGAAGGGCCAGGUGCUAAACAUCCAAGUGGACAGCUACACGUGGUCCACCUGGGGCUCAUCACGGUGCAUCGCAGGCCAUAGUUUCCGCAGUCGGAUAAAGGGGUCCACUGUUUGCUACCUCAGGCUAUGUUCUCUGGGAACCCGCCCUUGUCCCUGCCCUGGGGCAGUGGCGACCCUGGUGCUUCCAGCAGACCUGGCUGUUGCCCCCUGUAGACCAGCCCAGACACAGAGAUGAACUUGGGUGCAUGUUUCCUGCUUCCCACACAGCCGGGCCACCCCAGGCCUCCACAUGCGACGACAGGGUCUCUCUCUCCAGGUGCCUUGGGGAAGUUUUCAGGAGGCACCAAGAAUCAAUUAGCUGACCCCAGGGCCUUUGGCCGCCACCAGUAGGAGCUGCUGGAGAUCUGUCUAUCUGGGAGACACGUCAGGGGAGUAGACCCCAGGGUGUUUCCCACAGCUCCACGUAGGGAAGUGUUUGGGGCUAGGGACUCUUUGGCCAAGCAGGGUAUUUCUUGAGGAUGUGGCUGCCCCAGCACGAGCAUGGGAGAGUCUGCUUCUGAGUGUAGGUAGUAAGUCCUGGACCUCAGGGAGGUGACAUCCCAGUAAGUGUCUUUCCUGGGAGAGGGAGUCCGUCCAUUUUCUUUGGUUUCCUCUAAUAGUCAGAAUCCACAAACCAGCCAGCCAGCCACGCAAGCCUGGGAUGGUGAUCUAAUCCCAGUCUGACCCUAGCCGGGUCCCUUAAACAAGCCCCGCUGAGGGGAAGGGGGCAAGCGGAUCUCUGAGGCAGGGGUCCAGUCACCCUUGAAGAAGGGAGCGAGGAGGUGGACACUGUGGGGCUGCAGGGCAGAGGGGGACCCGCUAGCUGACGACAGCACUGCGCCCCGUGCUUGGUGCAACCCUCCUCUGCGAGGAGCUGGUGGCGCGGGGGCUGUGUGGAUGGGGCCGGGAG